GAGAGAGGAAUUCAGUGCUGUUUAAAUGAAUCCAGAGUGCAGAGAGGAAAGGGGACGCAUACUGAGAAACCGAGAGAGAGCAGGCAAAAAAAAAAAAAAGUGGAGACAGAUUUGUUUUACGCACGGGAAAAACAGGGAAACGAGUGGAAGAAAGGGAAGGAUAAGAGAGGAAAAGAGGCAUCGGAUUUUUUAUUUUUUUCAUCAAAUUUGGCUUCUUUCACUCUCAUGACUCAAAGAGGAUUCCAGUUAAAUUCACCCGGUCGGGAGGAAUUGAUGGUGUCUUUUCGGGGAAGCAGAGCCGAGGGGAGGAAUCUGAAUGCGCUCGGCUGAACCAUGCCAGCCUUGUGGAUCAUAACUUUGGCGAUCACUUUGAACCAAGUGUGGUGCGUCCGCUUCUCCCAGGAGCCUGCAGACCAGUCGGUGGUACUCGGAGAACGGGUGGUGCUGUCCUGCGUGGUCUUCAACUACAGCGGCAUCGUCCAGUGGACCAAGGACGGCCUGGCCCUCGGCGUCGGAGAGGGUCUCAGAGCUUGGCCCAGGUAUCGCGUGCAGCGGGCUCUGGACAUCGGCCAGUACAACUUGGAGAUCUCUAAUGCCGAGCUGUCCGAUGACUCUCUGUACGAGUGUCAGGCCACAGAGGCCGCCCUGCGCUCCAGGAGGGCCAAACUCAAUGUACUCAUCCCCCCUGAGGACCCGGUGGUCGAGGGAACCCCGGAGCUCCUGCUCAUGGCUGGGAAUCCGUACAACUUGACCUGUGUGACCCGCGGGGCUAAGCCUGCAGCGCACAUCCAGUGGACCAAGGAUGGAGUCGCUGUGGAGGGGGCCUACCAAUCCACAGAGGUGUUGCCGGACAGGAAGAGGGUGACGACCAGGAGCUACUUGCCGAUCACGCCGGUCGACACCGACAGCGGCAGCAACUUCACCUGUGUGGCCAGCAACCCGGCAGUGCCGAUGGGCAAACGAGCCACUGUCACCCUCAACGUCCACCAUCCUCCUACAGUGACCCUGUCCAUCGAGCCUCGCUCUGUCCUGGAGGGCGAGAGAGUCACCUUUACCUGCCAAGCCACUGCUAACCCAGCCAUCAUGGGCUACAGGUGGGCUAAAGGUGGCGUGCUGCUGGAGGGCGCCAGGGAAAGCGUGUUUGUCACCACGGCAGAUCACUCCUUCUUCACCGAGCCCGUGUCCUGUCAGGUGUUCAACGCCGUGGGGAACACCAACGUCAGCAUCCUGGUGGACGUCCACUUCGGUCCCAUCCUGGUAGUGGAGCCCAGGCCAGUUACGGUGGAUGCGGACUCUGACGUCACCCUGAACUGCAAGUGGUCUGGAAACCCUCCUCUCACCCUCACCUGGACCAAGAAGGGCUCCAGCAUGGUGCUCAGCAACAACAACCAGCUGUACUUGAAGUCAGUGAGCCAAGCUGAUGCAGGCCAGUAUGUCUGCAAGGCCAUCGUACCCCGGAUCGGUGUGGGAGAGACCGAGGUUACGCUCACUGUCAAUGGCCCCCCCAUCAUCUCCAGUGAUCCGGUCCAGUACGCUGUCAGAGGAGAAAAGGGAGAGAUCAGGUGCUACAUCGCCAGCACCCCCCCACCCGAUAAGAUUGUUUGGGCAUGGAAGGAGAAUGUGUGGGAGAAGGAGAAAGGCACCCUGAUGGAGAGGUACACCGUGGAGCAAAGUAAACCUCCAUCCCAGGGUGGAGCCGUCCUCUCCACGCUCACCAUCAAUAACGUCAUGGAGUCCGACUUCCACUCACCGUACAACUGCACCGCUUGGAACUCCUUCGGACCCGGCACCAUGAUAAUCACCCUGGAGGAGACAGAUAUUGUUCCAGUGGGAAUUAUCGCCGGUGGUACGGUGGGCUCCUCCAUUCUGCUGCUUAUGUUCCUACUGGCGCUCGCCUUCUUCCUCUACCGCCAACGCAAAGGCAGUCGCCGGGGUGUCACCCUUGGUAAACCAGACAUCAAGGUAGAGACAGUCAACAAAGAGACCCACAGUCUGGAGGAGGAGGCAGCCAACGUCUCCACGGCAACCCGUAUGGUCAAGGCCAUGUACUCCUUUCUGCCCUCUGUUUCCCUCUCUCCCUCCACUCAGCCGUUCAAAGACGACAUGGACCUGAAGCAGGACAUCAGGAGCGAGAGCGACACCAGAGAGGAGUAUGAACUCAAGGAUCCAACCAACGGCUACUACAACGUCCGAGCCACCACCCAUGACGAAGCGCGACCCCAGUCCCGUGCCAUCCACUACCAAGGAGAGUUUCGCUCCCCGAACCCAAACAGCGGACCAGCCGGUGCCACAUCCAGCGGACCUUCAACCGCCCCCAGCGGUGCAGUUCCCCCCAGCGCAGUGCCAGGUUCCAGGGCAGGCUGCUACGACCCCCGCCCGCCUUCCAGGAUGUCCCAUGCCACCUACGCCCAGUUCAACACCUUCUCGAGGGCGGCACAGAGCCAGCAAGCACCUCCCAAUCCAGCGCUUCAAUCGCCUGGAGAUUACCCCGGAGACUGUGGCCUGCUGGACAGCACAACCCAGCUGGCCUAUGACAACUACGGAUACCCCUCCCAGUAUCCCAGCUACCGCAUGGGCUUUGCCCCACCCAUAGAGGAAGGACCAGCCUACGAGAUGUAUCCAACGGGACAGGGGACCGGGCAGGGGCCAGGGCCUGGACAACAAAGUCCUGAAACAGGGCUGGGGAAGUAUGGAAGCUCCACUCGCUUUUCCUACUCGUCUCCGCCCUCUGACUAUUCCCACAGACACACACAGCGGAUGCAAACUCAUGUGUGAGAUACACACUCUUGGACUUUGUUUUCACAGCAGCAGUACUUAUUAUACAUACACACAAAAAUACUUUGAAAUUAGAAAAAAAAAUCCCACGUUUCUAUACAUAAACAUUCUGUUUUCUGUUUCCAUAGCUACCAGUGCAUGGUAUUUGGUUCAGUUUCUGAAUCGCUGACACCCCAACAUUGAACAGCAGUUAGCAGCAUCACAUAUAAUAUAGUUAGCAGCAAUAUAAAUAACACACGCAAGGCGAUACUCUCACACAUUUGCGUAGACUUUGUGUUGUGUUUAUGCUCCAACAAAAGCAACAGCGAGAGCCACAAUCAAGAGAAGAGAUACAAAAAGAGAAGAAGAGCACUUUGAAGACAAAAAGAAGAAUAGCGCCAGGAGCUUAAGGAGGUGCAGAGAAAGUUUUUCCUCCCUGCAAUCCUCUUCUUGCUUUCGGAUCAUCUUAUCUGCAUCACAUGUUCCUUCCAUCCCAUCUCUGUAAAUAAGUGCAAAAGGAGAUUUGGGUCAUUUUAAAGUUAUUUCCUUGUACAAACCUAUAGAGUGUGAUGCAGCACAGUGACUUACAGCAAAUCUCCCUGUAAUUCACAUGUUUUGCAUUUUCUGACUCUCACAUAGUGCAAAAAUAAACACACACACACACACACACAUACACACAUACAGAUCUUUAAAGACUUUAUGUUUUUAUGUAUUGCAGUAACUGGGCAGCUUGGACUAUAAAUAUAUAUCUGGCACUUUUUGAUCCUUUUUUCUCACUAGAAUCUGCCCAGUGGCCAUUGCUUACAAGAUCUACCUUGAUUUAAAUGGGACAAACCUUAUGAAGGUGGUACAGUGAGUGACCAGAGUGCCAAUGAAUAUGUGCCAACACACAAACUAUUGAGGUGUGUCUUCUUUUGUAAAGAGUGAACAAUGAGAUGCUCUGGACAGCAAGGUUUUGUAUGUGCCACAUCUAAGAGGAAAGGAAAGGAGUGGUAGCAAGCAUCUCUAGAAGCUCCUUCUUCUCUUCAUCUCUCAUUUUAUAUCAUGAUACAUUUCUACGCUUAUCAUUUCACUCAAGAUCAAUGCUGUAGACAGUAUUUGUGAAACGAGGUGUGGUGGGAGCGCUUUUUUCAUUCAAUGAAUUUCAGCAAUUUGUACAAAAAAAAUACCUCCCCUACCCUCAAGUGUCAAAAAGUAUUUGUUUCUCUCACUUGCACAGUAGAAUAGAUUUUUUUUCCAUAUUUAUACCGAAAUGUAUGAAAAAAAAAUGGCAUUCAGAAACAUUUUAUAGUAUUUUUAUAAGGAGUUGUGGACCAAAGGUUCAGAGUUUUGGGUGACACUCACUUUUUAAUGUGUAUGUGGCAACGUGAUCGUUUUUGGAAACGUUCUGAGUUUCUUUAAAAGAGAUGGAUGGUGUUUUUAAAGUGGAUGUUGUAGACUUAAAUUAGAAAAUUUGAAGAGUUUUAUUUCAAAAUGAUAAAUAUCCGGCCAAAUGUCUUUGGUGGAUAUCUCUUUUUGGCACAAAACUCUUCCUUUGACUUCCAGUCUUCUGACUGGACUGCCUUUUUCAAACGUCGACGACAUUCAAAAUGAUGGAUGGAGAACAAGCAGCUGCUCACUUUGAGUCCUGCUGUGAACUUUGUAAGCGAUGAGAACGUUCAAGUGUAGUCUAACAUAUCAAAAUGAAGGUACAGAGGGUUCUAUCUAGCUCAUAUGGUACUUUGUACAUUUAUGUGUAAGUAUGCUGGUUUCCUCAGUGCAACAGAAAAUUUGGUGGUAUUCUAUGUCAGAGAUUUUUCCAUUAUAUUCUGUUAUCUUUGGUGUGUGUGAUUGGCCGUUAAUCCCCACAGGUACAUAAUGUUGCUACUCUGCUCUGACCUCAGCUACUGUAAAAGUCCAAUAUUUGAAUAAAUCUCCACUGCACCACUUCUCAAAUGUUUUGCAGCAAAAGAAGAAUUAAAAUGCAUCUGUUUAGUCUUCAAAUGCGCAACGUAGAAUCUGGCGACUGUCUGCAAUUGUCACAAAAACUAAAGUUUUUCUUGCAGUUUUGUAGUUUUGUUUACAGUACAUACCUUAAUUACCUUACUAACAACCCCAACAAUGACAACCUCUCUUAACACUGGUUGCAUACUUUUAUUUGACAGUUGUUGAGAACUUAAACAUUUGAAUGGCUGUAUUCAAUUCUCAAUUUUGUAUUUGUUUAUGAAACAAAAUCUCAUUAAGGGGGAAAAAGGAAACACAGAAAUCCUCAGAUAUUUCUCCAGACACUCACGUAUAGAGUAAAAAAAACUGACUUUCAGUGAUUUACUUAUCCUGUUGCAGGCAGUGUGGAUGCCAGUACAGCUACUUUGGUACUACUGUAAAUUUAAGAUAUUAGUGAAAAACAGUUGGCUUGUCUACCAUAAAGCUCCGGCUGGCUGCAGAAUUGGUGUAUAUUUGCAUAUUGGGUUGUGUUAGUGAGAUUGGAUUCAACAUCUCCCGACUUCACCUUGAACAUUAACAAUCAUUUGUUGAUUAGACUCCACAGUAGCAGCGUCGAUCUUCAACGUAUACUGAGCUUGAAAUUAAAAGGUUCCAUCUUCCACCAGAGCAGAUUCUGUAUUUCAUGGAGCAACACUAAUGUCACAUUUUUUUUCCUUUUCCAUUUUUAAGGAACAUUAAGUAAUAACUGACUUUUUUAAACUUCAACUGACAACUACCAGGAAAUGCAAUGUGAUUUUGUUUUCACCUUUACCAUACACAUUUGCUAUGUUGGAUAGUCAAAGUAAAAAGUGAGAGAAUGCAACAAGGAGUCACUAUCGUAUCAUACAUUUCUGAGCAGUUAAAAAUGAGAACAGAUGAGGUGCACAGGCUGCAAACUGAAACCAGAAAUCUCAGCUCCAACCUCCAGAGGUAAUCAUUGAGUCUUUUAUACUUAUCAGCCACCUUAUCAACCCCUCACAGAUGCAGUAUAUUAUGGUAAUUUUGUGCUAAGGGGCAGUAAAAAUUGUAUUUAUUGCCCCUGUUUUGAAUAAACACGUUCAGAGAGGAAACCACAGCCACGCCAUUUCUGAUUAGAAUAUCAGAUAGAACCUUUUAGCUCCAAGGUCACAAUAUAAACCGUUUCAGUAGUUAUGGAGAGAGGAACGGCAGAUGGAGCACCCUUUUAAAUUUAUAUGGUUAUCACAGCCUUGGUACUGCAUAUUAUUACCUCUUUACAACCUCUUUUACAGAGUUGUAGCUGUGCAGUAUUUUGCAUCUCACUUGCAAUGUCGUUAUGACCUUGUGUAGAAUAAGUAAAUUUGACACUGUGGAGGUACUGAGGCCAACAAAUACAUGGCCAGGCCAUCCAGGUACUUAGUCAUUACCUCUAACUAUUUACAGUCUGUUGACAGUGGGGACAUAUAAAUAUGUAAAAGACACCAUAGAUGCCAAAAAUGCAAAACAGAUGUUUAGAUUUAGUUCAGCACUGAAAAAAAUAUGUGUUUUGGAAGGGAAUCUGGAAGUGUUUACUCCACUAGGUUGUUAUUUCAUGUCUUUUUUUCCCCUCCUCCCCAUAUGUACCUCUCACCACGGUGUGUACUGAUACUCUUUACUCUCUAUUCUCUCUGCUAUGUCAUAUAAAUAGCCACCUACCAACUUCCAAAUUUAGAGGUUGAACUUGUGUUUAUAUGAGAAAAAAAAAAAAAUCUUAUCACAACAUCGUAAGCCUUUCUCCCAUAGCUUUCUUCCAAAUCCUCUUCAAGUUGAUAACAUAUGGAGUAGAUAUAUAGCACUCUAGUUUGCAUACAUGUUUGUAAGUUGGGGGUCUUUUUUUUAGAGAAUAUAUAGCUUCAUGAGCUCAUUUCAUCCUCAGUGUGCAUUUAUUUUAUGAAUUACUUCCUCUGUAUGAAAAGCAGUAUUUAAAAUCUUAUUUUCUUGGUAUUGCUUUGUGGUGUUACAUCACAGCUGGAAGAAAUGACUGUGGUCAAAAGUGUGUGUUUAAACUUUUAUACACAAUAUUUUACUUUUUUUUUUUUUUUUGGUAUUCAUCAGAUUUGGGAGGGGUGGGGGGUUGGUCUGAUUGGUCACCCCAGCAAAGAAAAAAAAAAAAAGAGAGGGGAUAUUUGCGUCUGUGGCCAAAACGACUACACAGCCAGGCCACAAAUAGCCAAAACUCUGUCUCAACUAGGCCAACCCAGGCUAGAAGCAGGCCAGACCCACAGCUAACUGCUCUGUUCCAUGCUGUGCUGUGUUGUGCUAUCCCUGGCCAAGAGUGACUCAAGUGGCUCAGUGUCCAUUUUUACCUAUUGGAGUCUUCUUUGAGUGCCAAAAGACUGUGCAAAAAAUGAACUGAGCAGACAAACAAAUGCAGCAGCCAUUUGUGUUUGUUGUUUGUGCGUGUAUGGGUGCUCUUGGGUGAUGGUGCGUGUGUGCUACCAGUUUAAAUCUGCAUACAUGCACAUGUGCUGUAUGUGUCCAUUAUAUCUGUGACAGCUUGUAACCCCACUGUCUUUUCAUAUCAUUGUAAAUGUGUUGGUACCACUGGACUGUAGGGUUCGACUGAUGUUUUUAGGCAAAAAUAUCUGAUAUCAGUCAUGUUGUCAUCUGAUGGUAUGAUGGAGGUCCCUCCUGACCACAUUUACAUAAACAGUCUGAAAAGGCUGCAAUGAAAUUAGAUUUCCUUUACAAAUUGUGUUGAUUAAUUGAAUGGUUCAAUUAUAAUUUCUGUAAAGGCAGUGUUGUUAUAAUUCUUAAGAUUUUCAUGGUAUCAAACCAAAUUUUUGAUACUAUUUCUGGUAUUGGAAAUGAUAUAUUGCCGUUUAAGGAAUUUGCAUUCUGUAAUUGCUUCUCUAUGUAGUAGUUUUCAUUGUUACUGGCCAAUUCAAAUUGCUUGCCCAAGCAAGCUGUACUACUGCAACAUCAGUGUCGACUGAAAAUGCUGUAGCAGGGAUGGAUACAGCACCUGCUACUGACAAAACUGACACUGAAACAAAGCAAAGCCAGAUAACCCAGACUCUAAUGAAGCAAUUGUCCAAUCAUAGCUUAGCAACCGUAACUAGGCAUGACAGGCCUGUCAAGCUUUGAAUUUCUCCACAUGCUGCAGCAGUGUCAAUGAGGCUGAGAUAAUCUGUAUUUAAAGAGUUUGGAAGAUGGUGUCUUUUUUUUUCCUUUCAAAAGCAUAAGAACAAAAUUGUAAAAAAAAACAAAAAAACAAAUUAAAAAGUGUUUUUAUCUGCUCUAAUGUAAGCUUCAAAUGUUAACAUGGCUGGCUAACCUGCCAAAUUGCAUUUCAUUAGCUAACUACAUUUUGUGGGUUACAGAUUAUGUUUUUUAAAAAGCCCUGUUCACAGUAGCACAUCCACUCUGUAGUAUUUUGUCAUGUGUGGAAGCAGGUCCUGGAUGCUACUAUAUCAGACUUUAUGCUAAUGUUAGCAGCUCUGUGCUGCUCUUUAUUGGGUUUGGGGAUGUUUACACUUCAAUAACCCCAGCUAAGUUUAUGAUUAGUCUUAGUUAGCUACCUAGCUAGCUACAGCUGAUAAAACCUGCCAGUGACAGCCAUUUGAGCCAGUAAAAUUGAUAGUCGCUCGCAAGAAAUGAUGAACCUGCUUUCGUCUCCUUCAGUCUUAAAUCAAACCCAUUCUUUUAAAAAUUAGUGUGGUAAAUCUGCCACCGUUAUCACUGUAAACUGCAUCUUGUGCUAGAAUGGAAAGCUUGACAGAUGUAGCAACAGCACCUAAGGGGAGCAUGACUCGGCAAAUAUUCAAUUCAGUCUGAUUAUCAGGCGAGUGAACAGAUGCAUAAGUUGCUCUUCUUAUGAUGCUUUUCUGCCAGAGUAGCCCUUCAAGGCAUUGCUGCCCCUAGUGGUUGAUAUUUUGAACUGACUCGGACCUCUAUCACUAAAACACAUUUGAACACACAUGCUGUUACCAUCAGUAACCACAGAUCAACGAAAAUCUUAAGGAUUAUGUCUUAAAACUGCCUGAAAGAGGUGCAAAUCAACAGAGUUUCAUCUACAUUUUAUUGGCCCGUGGUGCUUUAAAGGCAUUUAAUAACAUUGCUAUCAGCUUUAAAAGCCACAUAUCUGUCAAGCCCUAGUAGAAAGCAGGACAGCUGGGAAGACAGAGCGAAAGAGACAUCGCAUGGCCUUAGGAGACGAGGAAGGAGCCGAGCCGGCCCGCUCGUCCCUCAUCCAGCUGCUGAGCCUGUCUGCUCUCUGGAACAGCUGCACGAGUGAAGAGGAUUAACUGAUGUCCAGCUUGGUAUCAUUAUGAAGACAAUGAUCAGUAAAUUGAGAAGGUUUCCAUAUUGCACUUGAAAAUUGUGUGAAUUGGAGGUGCGCAUGAGGACAAGAGAGGGAAGGUGUGUGUGUUGAAAUAAUCAUAUAUUCUCCAUAGUCCAAUUCUUUAUUUUUAUCCCUAUAUAUUGUUCACGUGUAUUAUGUUCAUGUUGGGUUUGAAUACUCGUUUAUCCCUUUUAUUGAAGAAAAAAACUGUACAAAACAAAUAUUAUUGAAAUUCUCGUUUAUUUUCA